CCCCUAAGAAAUUUGGUUCUCUUGCAAAAGUAUCGCGUUACCUUGAGAACUUUUCCUUUUCUCGCAAAAUCUUUGCAUUCUCUUGCAAAAUUAUUGCAUUCCCUUGAGAAACUCUCCUCUCGCAAAAAGUAUUGCAUUCCCCAAUAAAGUUUGCGUUUUCUCAGAAAAUGAUUGCGUUCGCCCGAGAAACUUUGCAUUCUCUCUUAACUGUAUUGCGUUCCCCUGAGAAACGGGUGUUCUCUUGCAAAAUGAUUGCAUUCCCCAGAGAAACUUAGCAUUUUCUCACAAAACAUUUGUGUUCUCUUGCAGAACUAUUGUGUUCCCCCAAGAACGCAAGCAAACAUAGCUUCUUGGAGGAACGCAAUAUUUUUUUGUUGUUGAAUUUUUUAACCAUCAUCUUGUCCUAUUUGGGGUUCUGUAGCAUUCUAAUGUAUUUCUGAAUGAAUGAAUUAUUCAUAAUCAAGGUGGAAGCCUGUGCAAUGGCCUGGCGUCUUUUAACGGAAGAGUACGGCAUUCCUGCGGAUCGCUUGUACGUCUCGUACUUCGCUGGAGACUCUGCGAAUGGACUCCCUGCAGAUGAGGAAACCCGGCUAAUCUGGCUUAGCAUGGGAGUGCGGCCGGAUCACGUGUUGCCAUUCGGAAUGAAGGAUAACUUCUGGGAAAUGGGCGAGACGGGUCCGUGUGGGCCCUGCACGGAGAUUCACUACGAUCACAUUGGGAAUCGUAACGCCGCCGCACUGGUCAACGCAGACAGUCCGGAUGUGGUGGAAAUCUGGAAUCUAGUAUUUAUGCAGUAUAACAGGGAGGUCAAUGGUAGCCUGCGACCUCUGCCCCAGUGCAGUGUGGAUACUGGGAUGGGUUUAGAGCGACUGGUGACUGUACUGCAGGGGAAACGCUCCAACUAUGACACAGAUCUUUUCACACCUCUAUUGUCCGCCAUCCACCAGUGCUCCAAGGCUCCUGCAUAUCAGGGCAGGACCGGAGAGGCUGAUGUGGGUCAGGUGGACAUGGCCUAUCGGGUCUUGGCCGACCACAUUCGGACACUCUGCGUGUGCAUCGCUGACGGAGUUUACCCAGGCAUGACAGGCGCUGAGCUAGUGUUGAGGCGUAUCUUGAGACGUGCCGUAAGGUUUUCUACAGAAGUGCUGCAGGCCCCUGAGGGUGCGCUGGCAAGCCUGGUGCCUACUGUAGCUCAUAUACUGGGUGAUGCCUAUCCUGAGCUGCACACAGAGUCUGAGAGGGUAAGCAU